AUGUUAUCACUAGAAACUAAAAGUGGUGCGAUGAUGCAAAUGCACACCGGCGUCGGUUUUACGUCGCAGACGAUAACAGCGUCAGCGGCUGCUAUCAAUCAAGAACCACAGAAGGCUCGAGAUUGGCAUGAGGGUGCGUUACAUACAACAGGCCCAACGGGACCUGGGUGGGAAGAGAGAGACUGGGGAUUGGGGACUGGGGAUUGGGGACUGGGGACUGGGUACUUGGGACUGGGUACUUGGGACUGGGGACUUGGGACUGGGGACUGGGGACUUGGGACUUGGGACUGGGGACUGGGGACUUGGGGCUUGGAACUUGGGACUUGGGACUUGGGACUUGGGACUUGGGACUUGGGACUUGGGACUUGGGACUUGGGACUUGGGACUUGGGACUUGGGACUUGGGACUGGGACUUGGGACUUGGGACUUGGGACUUGGGACUUGGGACUGGGGACUGGGCCCACUGGGGACUGGUAG